UGUGGAGUGCAAAACCAAGGAGAAAAAGGAUUGUUAUUUUGGACACCUCACCGUCGUCGCGGACGGCUACGCUUCCAAGUUCCGGAAACAAUACCACUCUAAUACUCCGACGGUCAAGUCCCGAUUCUGGGCUCUCGAACUAAUUGACACGAAACUCCCUGCACCUAACCACGGACACGUCCUCUUGAGUGCAAAUCCCCCCAUCCUCCUAUACCAGAUUGGCACCCACGAGACCCGUAUCUUGGUCGACAUCCCAGAGAACCUUCCAUCCGCGUCGGUCAAGAAUGGUGGUGUCAAGAAUCACCUGUGGAACGUGACCCUACCAUCUCUUCCCGAGUCUGUCCAACCAGCCUUCCGCGCCGCACUAGAGAAGGGCCCGUUGAGGUCUAUGCCGAACUCAUUCCUUCCUGCCGCACAGAAUAAGACCCCGGGCUGGUGAUACUGGGCGAUGCGCUGAACAUGCGGCAUCCGUUGACUGGUGGCGGCAUGACUGUGGCUUUCAACGAUGUCCUUGUGUUCCGGGAUCUGCUGAGUCCCGAAAAGGUUCCCGAUUUUGCAGACACCGACAGGGUGUUGAAGCAGCUAAAGUCCUUCCACUGGAAGCGGAAGAACGGAUCCUCGGUCAUUAACAUCCUGGCCAUGGCGUUGUACGCCCUGUUCUCUGCCAAUGAUGAAAACCUUCGCGUCCUCCAGCGAGGUUGUUUCCACUACUUCGAUAUGGGCAUGUACUCCGAGCCAAUGGGUCUCUUGGGCGGCCUUAUCAAAAAGCCCUUUGUACUAUUCUACCAUUUCUUCACUGUCGCAUUCCUCUCCCUCUGGGUGCUUCUUCGUGAGGCUCCUCUGUACCAACUUCCCUGGUCACUAAUCAGAUGCGUGAUGGUAUUCUGGACGGCCUGUGUUGUUAUAUUCCCCUACAUGCUCAUUGAAGCAUUCUGUUAGUAUAAUUAGACCUUUGUAUGCUUUUUCCCCCCUUCUCUUUUGUUUUCGGAGCGAAACGAU